AUGAACCCCAGCGCCCGCAGCUACCUCAUGGCCUCGCUCUACGUGGGGGACCUCCACCCAGACGUGACUGAAACGAUGCUCUACGACAAGUUCAGCCCGGUCGGGCCCAUCUUCUCCAUCCGGGUCUGCAGGGACAUGGUCACUGGCCGCUCCUUGGGCUACGCGUAUGUGAACUUCCAGCAGCCGUUGGACGCGGAUCGUGCUUUGAAUACCAUGAAUUUUGAUGUUAUAAAGGGCAAGCCAGUACGCAUCAUGUGGUCUCACCGUGAUCCAUCACUUCGCAAAAGUGGAGUGGGCAACAUAUUCAUUAAAAAUCUGGACAAAUCCAUUGAUAGUAAAGCACUGUAUGAUACAUUUUCUACUUUUGGUAACAUCCUCUCAUGUAAGUUGGUUUGUGAUGAAAAUGGUUCCAAGGGCUAUGGAUUUAUACACUUUGAGACACAAGAAGCAGCUGAAAGUGCUAUUGAAAAAAUGAAUGGAAUGCUCCUAAAUGAUCGCAAAGUAUUUGUUGGACCAUUUAAGUCUCGUAAACAACGAGAAGCUGAAUUUGAAGCUAGGGCAAAAGAGUUCACCAAUGUUUACGUCAAGAAUUUUGGAGAAGAUAUGGACAACGAGUGCCUUAAGGGUCUCUUUAGCAAGUUUGGGCCUGUCUUAAGUGUGAAAGUGAUGACUGAUGGAAGUGGAAAAUCCAAAGGAUUUGGAUUUGUAAAUUUUAAAAGGCAUGAAAAUGCACAGAAAGCUGUGGAUGAGAUGAACGGAAAGGAGCUCAAUGGAAAACAAAUUUAUGUUGCUCGAGCUCAGCAAAAGGGGGAACGGCAGACAGAACUUAAGCGCAAAUUUGAACAGAUGAAGCGUGACAAGAUCACCAGAUAUCAGGGUGUUAAUCUUUAUGUGAAAAAUCUUGAUGAUAGUAUCGAUGAUGAACGUCUCCGCAAAGAGUUUUCUCCGUUUGGCAAGAUCACUAGUGCAAAGGUUAUGAUGGAGGGUGGUCGCAGCAAAGGGUUUGGUUUUGUAUGUUUCUCCUCCCCAGAAGAAGCCACUAAAGCAGUUACAAAAAUGAAAGGUAGAAUUCUGGCCACAAAGCCAUUGUAUGUAGCUUUAGCUCAGUGCAAAGAAGAGCGCCAGGCUCACCUCACUAACAAGUAUAUGCAGAGAAUGGCAAGUGUACGAGCUGUACCCAACCCUGUGAUCCACCCCUACCAGCCAGCACCUCCUUCAGGUUAUUUCAUGGCAGUUUUCCCACAGACUCAGAACCGUGCUGCAUACUACGUUCCUAGCCAAAUUGUUCAACUAAGACCAAAUCCUUGCUGGAUUGCUCAGGGUGGCAGACCUCAUCCAUUCCAAAAUAUGCCCAGUGCUACCCAUCCAGCUGCUCCUAGACUACCAUUUAGCACUAUGGCACCAGCUUUUUCACAGAUUCCUCGAGUCAUGUCAACACAACGUGUUGCUAACACAUCAACGCAGAGGAUGGGCCCAUGUCCUGCAGCUGCAGCUGCUGCAGCUACUCCUGCUGUUCACACCUUUCCACGGCAUACGUAUGCUGCAAGAGUUCGCAAUCCUCAGCAACGUCUUCAUGCACAGCCACAAGUUACAAUGCAACAACCUACUGUUCAUGUACAAGGUCAGGAAACUUUGACUGCUUCCAUGUUGGCAUCUCCCGCUCCUCAAGAGCAAAAGUAAAUGUUGGGUGAACGGCUGUUUCCUCUUAUUCAAGCCAUGCACCCUACUCUUGCUGGUAAAUUCCCUGGCAUGUUGUUGGAGAUGGAUAAUUCAGAACUUCUUCAUAUGCUCGAAUCUCCAGAGUCACUCCGUUCUAAGGUUGAUGAAACUGUAGCUGUACUACAAGCCCACCAAGCUAAAGAGGCUGCCCAGAAAGCAGUUAACUGUGCCACCAGUGUUGCAAUUGUUUAAAGUUGAUCAGGGACCAUGAAAAGAAACUUGUGCUUCAUCGAAGAAAAACAUCUAAACAUCAAAAAAUUUAAAUGUUAUGGAAAAAAAUUGCAAAAUAUAAAAUAGAAAAAGGAAAGAAAACUUUGAACCUUAUGUAUCAAGCUAGUGCCAGGUCUAGCAAACAUGAUGCUAGUCCUGGAUUACUUAUUGAUUUUAAAACAAAACAAAACAAAAUCACAAACAAAGUAAAAUA